AUGCAUUUCACCUCAACAAUACCCUUAGUUCUCUCCAUCGCAGUCGCCGGUGUCGCCGCCACUCCAUUCAAAUUCCCACUACCAGAUGGUUUUCCCAGUCCUGACCCUGCCCAGCUCGCUAUGAUUGAGAAGAAAGCUGGGGGCACACUUCCCGACGGUCCGCUUCCAACCAUCUUAAAAGGCGCCGGAAUCACCACUUUGCAACUCCUCGCACUGAAUGAGAUAUUCGAAGUUGCCUAUUUCACCGAGCUGCUCGCCAAUGUCACCAACAGUGUCCCUGGAUACGAUGCCGCAUCCAUUGCACCGUUAGACAAGAAAUAUGUCAUGGACACCCUCACCGCUGUGGUAAAUCAAGAGCAAUUGCAUGCCGCCGGCGUAAAUGGCAUUUUGAUGAACGCCAACCAGACCGCCAUCAAGCCCUGUCAAUACCAAUUCCCCGUUACCACUUUCGCCCAGGCCGUCCUCCUCGCCCAAACCUUCACCGACAUCGUCCUCGGAACGCUACCCGAGGCGCAAGCUAUCUUCGCCGCGGACGCCGGUGACGAGAGCCCACUGAUCCCACUCUUCGGCUCCGUUCUCGCCCAGGAAGGCGAGCAGGUGGGCUUCUAUCGUUUCGCCCAGAAGAAGGUGCCGUCAGCCGCGCCAUUCUUGACGGGUGGAUCGCCCAGCUUCGCCUUCACUGCGAUUCAGAUGUUCAUCGUUCCGGGCUCGUGUCCUCAACCGCUCUCCAAUGUCAACCUGACCACAUUCGGCCCACUGACCGUCGUCACCACGCCCGAGCCGAAGAACAUGACCCUGGAGUUCGCCGUGCCCGGAGCCGUCAGCUCGUACAACAACUCGAUAGCCUACCUCUCCGGCGCGAAUCUGCCAGUGACGGUUCCAAUCUCGAACAUGAGCUAUGUUGCCGGAACCUCCCAUUUCUCCGCUAGCUUCCCGUUCGCUUCAGGUUUUGCGAAUGGGUUGACCAUUGCCGCUUUGGUCAAGGGGGCGGGCAUGACUUUUGCGAGCAAUGACGCUGUUGCUGCGGCCACCCUGUACGGACCAGGUCUCAUCGAGGUGAACUGA